AUGGCUGGAACCCUCGUCCCAUCUGGUCGGAGCACCAAAGGGAGAACCAAGGUGAAGACUGGUUGCGUAACCUGCAGAAUUAGGAAGGUCAAAUGCGACGAGAAGAAGCCAUCUUGCCAAAAAUGUACCAGUACAGGCCGCAAUUGUGACGGUUACGAGUCCCCGUUUAGACUCCACGUUCACAACAAUCAACUCACCAAAAAUGCUAAUAACGUCUAUGCUCCUGGCAUCAAGUUGCGGGUUGGUUUACAAACCAUGCGUUGUACCCCAAAUGCACUGAGCCCUGAGGGCAUCAACCUUCUCUGCCGCUAUUUCUCAACUAAAACCAUAUUCAAUGUGCCCUUGGACUGUAAUGAGGAAGCAAAGCAAGUUCUUCAAGCUAGCCUGACUGAUACUCCGAUACGUCACGCAGUUAUGUCUCUCAAGGCUCUUCGGGAAGAGCUUGAAUCAUCUGGAGAUAGAAAUCCAGCUUCUGUCGGACGGAGAACCCCCAGUUGCGAUUAUGGCCUGCAGCAGUAUAGCGUGGCAUUGGCUGGUCUUGCAUCAAAACUGUCGUCCUCAAGCUCGAGCGAGUUGAAGACAGCAUUACUUUGCUGUCAAGUCUUCAUCAGCAUUGAGCAAGUACGGGGCAAUUUCGCUGCCAUGGCACUACACAUUGUUCGAGGACUUGGCAUCAUGCGGGAGUUCCGAGCCAGGCCCAGCUUUACCAUCACGAAUGAACUAUUGCCAGCAUACCGUAGCCAAUUACCUUUCCUGGACGUUUUCAUCGUCAAGCUUUUUGCUGCACCAUGUAAGUUCGCGGAAGCCGCAGAAGCAGCCGACGGGAAAGUGAUGGUGCCGGUCGGGUGCUCGACAUUGGAGUGCCGAGAUCAUCGCAGAAUCGCGCCCAACAUGCGUACAAAGCUGGUACAUAUUGCUACAUCAACACUCGAUUUUCUGGCCAAAGUGUCGCAAAUUGAGUCAAUUGGAGCCGCUCUUCGGCUUGUACCUGAAAAGGCGAGUCUCCUGGACUCCUUGGACUCAUGGCUUCGUGAUCUUGAGCUCGUUCAGAUGAAUACAUCGGAUCCCGAGUCUAUUUCAGUCUCCUUCCUGCGCUUUUUCUAUUCGAUACUGAGAAUCGUGCUGUUGGGGGCAUUGGAGUCGCUAUCACCAGAUCUUUAUGCCAAGCUGCAAACUGAAAACGGUGGAUUACAAGAGGUGGCUGAUGAUAUUACCGAAAAAGUGAGGCUCUAUAAAUUAACAGCGGGAUGA